AUGGUGUUGAUGCGACUUUUCUGUUUCCGACUGUCGGUCCGACUUGGAUCCAUAAUCGUAGGAGGAUGCUGUAUAUUGGAAACAAUCAUUACGAUGAUUACCCUGGCGGCAUUGGGUGGUGCCGAAUUUUUCCUUCGAGAAGCGCUCUAUUACGAGGAAAAUAUGCACCUUUACAAUCCUCACGAUGUGUUUGUCUGGUUGAUAGCGGUGUGUAAAACGGAUGCAGAAUUGUUCUACACGUGCACGAUGGUCUGUAUGGCGUUGUAUUUGCCAUGCUGUGGUGCAAUGAUGGCCGGUGCAUAUUUGAUGAAGCAAUAUCUGCUAGCGCCGUUCGUUGUGGUGGAACUCGGACGACUGUCCUGCAUCACUCUGACCCACGUGAUCGGCAUGAUGGUGAUUAAGAAAUCGAUUAAUGUAGGUUACCUCAUAGCUCUCACCAUUGCUGGCGGAUUUGCUUUGUUACUGCUGUUCUACCUUUGGGGAUGUGUAGUGGCAUUGAUGCAAAUACUUAGAAUCGUACGAUCUCCGGAAUAUAUUGCUGUGUUCGGUGAUAAUCCGUUAGCACCGGUGGAUCCCGGUGAAACGACUCCUGCCGGAGCUGGUGUCUUGAUCGAUCACGCUCCGCUCGAGUGGAACGGAACCGGACUUAAACCGACGCCACGAAACCACCACCUCAACAAAAAUCUAGAGCGAUUGCCACCAACAGCCCUCAGUUCGGGACAAUUUAAUGGGCCGAACAUGCUGAUUGAUGAUUUUCGUCCUUUGCACAGUCGUUACUCCUACAAUUGGGCUAUUUAG